AAGCAGGUGGGAAAAGGCGAAUCGGCCGAAGGAGUCCGCGAAACGGUAUCGGCAACGUCGUCGUGUUAUGUGGAAGACCAGAACGAGCCGGGACACGACAGUGUUUGUUUUCCCCGUUUCAAAGUCGACUGGUGCGUGUUUGUGUACGCGAAUCACCUCCACCGCUGGCUCCACCGUAUCAACGAACAGUGCAGAUCCGCUCUGCAACCGUGGCGAAAUGCAAAAUUGAGAGCGUACACACGCCAAGUGCUAAAAGUGCUACCGAUUCGGCACCGACCGUGACCCACACUCCCGCUUGAAUGACCGUCCGAGGGGGUGGUUUGUUUUCCCACCCGGAUUGAUACGCGUUCGGGUCCCGCAGACGUUUGCGAUUGAUCGGCCGAGGAGUUCCCAUUCGAUAUAUAAGAAAAAAAACGAACGGUAGACCUAACUAACGAUUGGAAUUCAAGCUUCUGAAUCGACAGAUGGCGAUGCGAGAACAGCGUCCGGGAACGUAGUGCGCAUCCCGACCAACCAGAUAAAAUGACUUGAGUGUUGCGCGCGGUCCGGAUCGACGGCACUGAAACUUAUUCGUAACGAUGGAUUCGAUGCGACUAUCGACCGUGAUCGUGGUGAUUUGUGCGGUUAGCGCCCUGUGCUACCCCUCGAAGCCGCUGAACGAACGGUCUCCAGAACUGGCCUGGCAGGCCUGGCUGUUGGUGGACGACCAGAACCAGAACGGCAAACAGCAGAACGACGACGGCGGCCAGACGAUGCGCAGACGGAUCACUCCCAAGUCAGUUUUUAUAGCUCCCACAUUUAGUCCGGAAAGUUUACCGCCGUGCGCAGACGGCUACGCAUCUGACCCGAUGGGCCGUUGCAUGAAGAUCUUCAAGGUGGAUGAAGAUGCGCAUCUUCAAUUCCUCCUGCAAAAGAUCACCGACAAGUUCGGCAAUACAUACUCAAACGAUUACGACUACGAGGACGAGGACGAGGCCACCUCCACACCCGGACCUUUUCAACUCAAUAUCCCGCUGGGCGGACUUGAGACCGCCGCCUCGGACGAAUCCAAGGUGGUUGCGGGCGACGACGACGAAAUGGACAUGGCCAUUGUGGUUGCACCGACCAACUCCAAUUUCAAUCCACAGGAAGCAAUAUCGAAAUUGGAUAAGCAAAGACGUGGCGGUAUCCAACAAACAACAGACUCACAAACGCAAAUGCCAGAAAAGCCGGAAGACAAGCAGGAAGUCAAUACCGAAGCAUCGUUCAUAGACGAAAUACAAACAACAACAGAAACAACAACAACCGAAAUUGAAAGUACUACCUCAAGUACAACGAUGGAAACAACCACGGACUUCACAACAGUAACACCAACAACUGAAUCGACUACAUCGACAACAGAAAUCGAUUUAGAAACGACCACAAUCACAAAUCUCGAACUGGAAGAAACCAGAACGGAAUUAAUGGACGAUUACACGUCGACAACUACCGAAUCAACAACAACAACAGACUUACCUGUAAAAGAAACCACCACUAUUAGUCAAAAAUUUGAAAAAAUCAAAUUUCCAGAUAGCGAUCCACAAUUAUUUGACUCACCCAAGGGCAUGAUUCGGUUUCCAGAUGAGCCGGAACCGGAAGCGGCGCCCUUGCACCACACUAGAGACUUGUCCAGCCAAAUGAGACAGUUCAGCAAUACGGACCCGUGGCGCGAUCCGGCCAAAUACGACAACGACGUCACCCAAACGCAAAAGGUUAAGUUUCCUUCUGCGCACGCGAACUGGGGCCCGCAUUCUCAGCCGCAUAAUAUACAAAAGCCGCUGGUGCUCAGGUUUUCGAGGAAGAACUCCUACGUGGAUCCUGACCAGUUCAAACAGCCCGACUUCUACAGGACAUUACCUUUAAACGAGCUCAAUUAUAUAUUCGGUUUCAAAAAUCGACACAGGCCCCCUAAUCGGUAAUGAUUAGCUUCUAGAACCUCGGUGGUUUACUACAUUAAUGUGAUUAAUUAUAUUCGAGUUAGGUUCUAGAUUAAGGUGUAUAUAGUAUAUUUAAUGUACCACUUCUAUAGCCAUCACUUAUGAAAUGUUUGGGAUAGAAAAAUUAAUCGUGAAUGUGAUUUUGUGCUUGUUUCCCGUUUUUUACAUUUGAACUGUAUAUUGAAUCUUUGUACAUAAGUUUUUCUGCCGUAUUUUCAAUUCCCAAACAAAAAACAAACAUGAAUGGAACAGACAAGUACAAUAUAUUUUUAUGAGUAAGUAUUUUAUCUUUUAGAAUUAGUAUUCACACUCUCGAAUAUUUUAACCUGAAAAACCGUACUAAUGUAUUCAUUAGUGUUGUCAUGGCACUUAAUAACAAAAUGUUGCACAAAGAUAAAUUUGUUUAGUUUAUUUGGUCGGGCGUUGUUGCUGAUACAUGGAGUCAAAUUGUUACAUAAAAGAUGCGUAUUUUUCUGAAAUGCAAUCUGCGCUCCUAUAAAAUAAUCACAAAUCCACUAAUUUCAGUAUUAUAUUAUACCGCAUAUAAUAUAUUUAAAUUAAUUAAAAGCAAAUGAUCCAAUGUAAGUAUAUCUUAUAAUUUAGUUAAUGUCAGUUUUGUAAAUAAUAGUUAUUGUGAAUAUUUUAAACUUAUAGAUUUAUAACAAAAUAAUUGAUGUGAUUAUGUCUAAUUAUGAAAAACACAUUGUGGAAGGAAAAUUGUUCGUAAUAUACAUCAGGAUGUGUACAAAUUUGUAUAGUCAGUAGUGUUUUAACUUUGUAGAAUUAUAGUCAUUUUUUAUUAGAAAAAUUGUAUGUUAAGUUAAAAUAUUUAUUCUCUUAUAUUUUUGUUAUAUAUUUGUGCCAGUAUGCCAAUAAAAUAUUAUUCAAA